GACGUCGCCAUCAUUCGUUUGCAGUCAAUAAUCGUGGAAAUUUUUUCUUCACUGUGUAAUUGAAGAAUUACAGGAAUACUGACCUUAAAUUAACCAGAAAUUGUGUGAAGUAUUUUUUCAAAUUUUGAAAGUGUCGACAAAUCCUUGCUGUUUGGAUUCUGUGCUUAAUAAAAUUUAGUCGGCCUUAUCCAGGGUGGGCAAUAGCAAGAAAUCAGUCCGCUAGAGAAGACAAAGAUGGCUGCUCUUCCCCGUAGAAUAAUCAAAGAAACUCAACGCUUGAUGCAAGAGCCCGUUCCCGGAAUCAGUGCUGUUCCAGACGAACAAAAUGCUCGCUAUUUUCAUGUGAUUGUUUUUGGACCGGAAGACUCCCCAUUCGAGGGAGGCCUAUUCAAAUUAGAAUUGUUCCUACCGGAAGAUUAUCCAAUGUCCGCACCAAAAGUGCGAUUCAUCACGAAAAUAUAUCAUCCAAACAUUGAUCGACUGGGUCGCAUAUGUCUAGACAUUUUGAAAGAUAAAUGGAGUCCAGCGCUACAGAUUCGAACUGUACUGUUGUCUAUUCAAGCCUUGCUAAGUGCCCCAAAUCCAGAUGAUCCGCUUGCCAAUGAUGUAGCCGAGCUGUGGAAGGUUAACGAAGCGGAAGCAAUCCGAAAUGCUAAGGAAUGGACUCAACGGUACGCGAUUGUGGACAACUAAGCAAAGUUCUAAGCAGCAUCGAUCGGAGUAAGAGCGACAUUUUAUUAAAUUAAUUUUAUAAAGAAAAAUCUGAAUAACAAAUGUACACAGCAUAGAAUGGUAAUAUGUAUUCCCCGGCGAAAUAAAAGCGAUGACAGAAGUAGCGUGUUAUUACUAAUAGAACGUGAGUGGAAAAAUGAAAAAAAAAAUGUGGAGAACCCGUUUGGUGUAUCAAAGUCUCAUAAAAACCGACAAACACAAAAAUAUCUUGCAAAGCACCAGCGAAACAAAAGAAAAAAAAGCAACUGCUAUCAUGAAAGUGCUGCGUGGAAAAACAGCUAAAAUUAAGACAACAAAGAAUGUUACGUACGAACAGCAGCACCAUACACAACUAAUAACCAGCAACAGCAGUUCUCUUUUGAUUGAUUUUCUCCCUAGUUUUUCAAAGAAUCUUCAACCGCUUGAAUGGCAUUAUAAAUUAAAGAUUGUACGAUAAACGUGCACGGGAUAUCCAUUUAAUUUCGACAAUUACACGGAACUGGUCUCGAUUUCUACCGGUGUAUUUCAGUAUGGUGCGUAAAUCCGAUGCCGCAGUUUAUUCCGUAUGGUAAAUUUUAAAUUAUUUCCCCACGGAAACGCAAAAAAGUUAAUGAAAAAUAAAACAAUAAAAAAGCAGCGUAAGUUAUGAA